AAUACUCUCAACUUUCUGCUAAUAACUUUCUCCUUCAUUAAUAAUUUAGCAUUCAUCGUACAAAGAUGUACUUGUGUGAUAGCUGUAUUGUAAAUAUCCAUUAGUAAAACAGUUCAAGUGGAACUACAUUGCAAACAACUAUGCCACAUAACAUUCAAAUUGAGGAUAUUUUAAAUAAUAAUCGAGAUGAAAAUAGUAAGAGGAAAUUUCCUUACGAAGUUAAAAUUGUAGAUCCUGACACAAAUAAGGAGCUAUUGGAUGCUUUUACAGGGGAGCAUACAGGGUUCGUACAAGUAGGCCCUCAAAAAUAUUUCUUUCCUAGCGGCUAUGAAAAGGUAGCAGAAAAAUAUUACAAUUUUGAAAUACGACCCGACGAUGUCUGGAUUGUUACAUUUCCAAGAUCAGGUACAACGUGGACGCAAGAAAUGGUGUGGUUAAUUGCAAACGAAUUUGACUACAAUACGGCCGCUACAGUACCAUUAAACGAAAGAUUUCCUUUUUUAGAAUUCAGCAUGUGCGUCCAUCCGAAAAUGAAGGCACAAUUCUUACAAGAAAAUAGUCACAGUAUUGAACGACAAAAUAUGAUCCAAGACGUCUGCACAGAAGCAUGGAAGAUUUUGGAAAAUUGGAAGGGGAGGCGUUUCAUCAAAACACACCUGCCAUUCAGCCUGUUGCCACCUAAUUUGUUAACCUCUGGCUGUAAGGUAAUUUACGUUGCAAGAAACCCGAAGGAUGUUAUGGUCUCGUACUACUAUUUGAACAGAUUAUUUCGAACCCAAGGGUAUCGGGGUGACUUUCCGACAUUCGCGGAGUACUUCCUAAAGGAUAUGGUACAUUGGACGCCGUUUUGGUCUCAUUUACAAGAAGGCUGGGAUUUGCGAAGCUCCAAGAAUCUUCUUUUUCUGUUCUACGACCAAAUGAAUAAAUUGCAGACAAUCCAAAAGGUGUCGAACUUUUUGGGGAAGGAAAUUGAUGAUGAUCAAUUGACGAAAAUACAGAAUCAUUUACAAAUUGAGAACUUUAAGAAUAAUAAGUCGCUCAACGCUAAUGAUUUAUUAGAAUUGGGAAUAUUAUAUGGAGGCGAAGAGGGUUUUGUAAGGAAGGGAAAGACGGGAUCACAUACGGACUUAUCCAAUGUCGAAUUAGACGAGAAGAUUGACAAGUGGGUCAAAAAGAAUUUACAGAUGACGAAUAUACCGUUUGAACGAAUGUAAAAAUUAUCACUGAUUUAAUUGUAUAAUUGUGUAAUAAAAUUUAGAACAACAGUAAAAAACUUUCUGAUGUCUAGUGCUUUUUACACACAUGAGGAGUUUCUUGAAUCUAGCCAUAAGAUGGAACUGAUGUGAUUGUAUGAUUUAUGUAGUUGGUUAUUAUUAAUUGUGUUAUGUUUUAUAUCGUACUUAUGUUAUAUUGUUGACAAGUGUAAAUACCUCCUAAGGCGUAAUGCAUAGGUACAAUAAAUUCAAAUAAGAGUAAAUAAAGUCAACCACCAUACACUAUUCUUAAUUACAAAAUUGUUGAUGAUUUUAUGACCGCCUUACCAUAUGGAGAUGAAAGGAGGAAAGAUUAAUAAAUUUCCUAAACCGGCACAUCAGACUUAAAUUUAAACUUUUAAGAACAAUCUAUUGACGAAAUACUCUACUCAAGAAUGGCAAUAAAAAUGUAUGUUUAACAACUUAACUUUAAUAAAUUCUAAGCAGUAAAUGACA